UCACUCUCUGUGUCACCCGCUACCAAACAAAACCUUCGCCGUUUAGCUUCUCAUGGCCAUCGUCGACGACAAGGAUGACAAAGUCUGGUGUCUGUGUAAGCUGAUGCCGUUUCGAAGAUCUUCUUCUUCUUCCUCCUCUGUUUCCGCUGCUAAUUGGCACAACACUUGUCCGCGGAAUCAAAAUUCACGGUCUAAUAGUGAUGGAUUAAGCUUCCCCAAUGUCUCCGCCGUAGCUCGAUCUUUUCUCCCCGCACGCCGCCGUUUGAAGCUCGAUCCGGAAAAUACUCUGUAUUUUCCAUAUGAGCCUGGGAAGCAAGUUCGAAGUGCGAUUAAGAUUAAAAAUACAAGCAAGUCUCAUGUAGCUUUCAAGUUCCAAACAACUUCACCAAAAAGCUGUUUCAUGCGUCCUUCUGGUGCCAUUCUCGCUCCAGGCAAGAGCAUUAUAGCCACUGCUAUGCACGUGUUCAAAUUUGUAGAGCAUCCAGAGAACAGUGAAAAACCAACAGAACAGAAACGUAAUCUGAAAUACAAAAUCCUGAGCCUCAAAGUUAAAGGAAAUGUGGACUAUGUACCAGAGCUGUUCAAUGAGCAGAAGGACCAAGUAGCCCAGGAACAGAUACUAAGGGUUAUUUUUCUCGACUCCGAACGUCCAUGUCCUGCUCUGGAAAAACUGAAGCGGCAGUUGGAUGAGGCUGAUGCUGCUCUUGAGGCAUGCAAGAAGCCUGCAGAAGCAGGCCAUAGUCUUAUUGGUGAAGGGCUUGUGGUAGAUGAAUGGAAGGAAAGAAGAGGAAGAUACCUAGCUCUGCAGCAAAGUGAAGGGGUAGACUCGGUAUAAGUGGCUGCCCUACUCGGAUUAGAAUUAUUUUUUUAUGAAUUUCAAACAUUUCCAAACUCAAUAAAACGUUUAUUGGUGUUCUAUGUA